AUAAUUGGUCAGUAUUUAAUUAAAAUGUAUUUUAUGUUAGUUUGUUAGCUUUUGAAAUGUAAUUAUGGUGAUCUUGUACAUUUCCUGCCACAUCCGAAACGGCUCACAAUUAGCCGGCAUUCCGGCUAAGGGAGAUAGCCUACGGGGGUUUGUGAGUACGCGUCUUUUGCAGCAUCUGCGUCCAUGGGGGCUGGGUUGAGGGAGGCUUAAAAGCAAGGCUGUUUAGUUCGAAUAAAGCUAUCUUUGACUGCAGUUUACUGACACCGCUACAACGUGUUUUUAUCGCUGGCUGUCCAGACGGAAGGUGCUGAAACGCUUUGUCGCGUGUCUGGAAGAAGUGAAAACUUUCCUGGGCAGCAAAGGGCUCACCUUUCCUGAGCUGGAACAGCCAGAGUGGCUGGAAAAGCUACACUUCAUGGUAGACAUGACAGCGCACCUGAACACGCUGAACACAGCUCUUCAGGGGAAAGGACGUACAGCCCUGCACAUGUUGGAGGAUGUUUUGGCAUUCGAGCGCAAGUUGACAGUGCUUGCCAGAGAUUUACAGAAAGGCACUUUGUCUCACUUCCCCAAUUUGAGAGAGUUCAAACAAGGUCACGACAUGAUAAUUUCGGAGUAUUUACAUUCUGCAAUCAUCGCAAUGCAAACAUCGUUUGGGAAACGCUUCUGUGAGUUCAGAGAGGAAAAAAACACAUUAUCCUUCCCGGUCACUCCCUUAAGCAUCGAUCCUUCCCUACUGAAUACGACUGCAUUGGCAGGUGUGAGUCAACCUGAUCUUGAGAUGGAACUGGCCGACAUAGCCGACAAAGACAUAUGGGUGUCCAAGUUUAGACGCUUGACAGCAGACCUUGAAGAUGUUGCCCGUCAGAAGGCCGUUCUUGCUCAGAAACACAAAUGGAGUGAUAUUGAAAACCUCACAGAUGACAGCUUGCGAUCCUGUGUAAAGAUGAAGGUGACAUCAUACAGCCCUGAUGUGCAGACGCUGUGCGCUGAGGUCCAGGAGCAGAAAUCCCAUUAACCAAGAUGACAGCUGGCUGACGUUAUUUUUGGUUUGCUGCUGGCGGAAAAUUUAAGUUCGGCGUUUUUCAUAAAUACAAGAAGGACUCAAAUAGACAUUGAAUAUUUUACUUAAAAGUAACUUUCAACCCAACGUCUUUUUUUCGGAGUUCAAAAUGUUUUUGUUGCAUGCAGAAAUGUAAUUUCGUUUUCUCUGCAGGAGUUCAUCAAUUUCAUAAAUGCAACACAUUAUAGUUUGUUUAUACAUAGCAUAAAGGCAAAAAAAAACGUUGUAUGCAGUGUUAUUUCAUUUUAAAUGUCAAACGGGUUUUGCGGCUCCCAGUGUUUUCUUUUCUGUGGGAAACGGGUCCAAGUGGCUCUUUCAGUGGUAAAGGUUGCUGACCCCUGCC